AUGAUUUCUGAUGACCUCACCAGAAGGAUGAAGGUGAUGCUGCUUCAAUCGACAACCCUGAGAAGUACAUGCCCAAAAAAGUACAUCGACGGUGAUAAUGUCAACAAGGUUCUGAAGGUGGUUGUCUCUGUAGGAUUUAAUGAGGUGCCCGUGGUCGGUGGCAUGCUCUCAGGGUUACUAGACCUGUUUUGGCCUGGUGGCGAUGAUGAUUUAUGGGAGGGCAUCAAAGACAAGGUAGAGCGGCUUGUUGAUGAAAAGAUUGGGGAGGAGACCGCCAACGCCAACCCGUUGAGACUUAAAGGCAUCUUCAAGAUUCUAGAAACUUUGCAGAUGAGCCAGCGAAGAUUUUAA